AUGUCUGGAUUGCAAGCCGUCAAGUACACCCGCGGCCGUCUCGAGGUCCUCGACCAGCUGAGACUGCCUCAUGAGUUUCACUAUGACGACGUCUCGACCAGCGAGGAGGCAUUCGACUGCAUCAAGUCCAUGCGGGUCCGUGGCGCCCCGGCCAUUGCUAUUGUCGCAGCUCUCGCCCAUGCCGUUGAGCUUCACAAUGGAAGCUGCACCGCCUCAUCCGCUCAGGACACCGUCUCUUACAUCGACUCCCGUCUGGACUACCUCAAGGAGAGCAGGCCUACUGCAGUUGACCUGACCAAUGCCAUCCUCCAACUGAAGGCCUGCAUUCGCAGCGCCCCACAAGACGACCCCAAGGCCAUCAUCACUGCCUACAUCGAAGAGGCCGAGAAGAUCUUGGAGAAGGAUCUCCAGACCAACCUCGCCAUUGGCAAGCAUGGGUCUGAAUGGCUGCAGAAGAAGGCCGGCGCCUCAACAGAGAAGCAGAUCUCGGUCCUCACGCACUGCAACACCGGCUCUCUGGCGACAUCCGGCCACGGCACCGCCCUCGGCAUCAUCAGGACCCUCUUUUCGAACAACCUUCUCCAGCACGCCUAUUGCACCGAGACAAGGCCUUACAACCAAGGCAGCAGACUGACGGCUUUUGAGCUGGUCUACGAGGGCAUCCCCAGCACUUUGAUCACCGAUUCCAUGGCCACAGCUCUGUUCGAGUUGAAGAAGAAGGAGAAGAACAUCGCCGCCAUUAUCGUCGGCGCUGACCGCGUAGCCCGCAAUGGUGAUACAGCCAACAAGAUCGGCACCUACCAGCUCGCUGUCGUUGCCAAGUAUCACGGAGUCAAGUUCAUUGUUGCGGCGCCGACCACGAGUAUCGACUUGGCGACGGCGACCGGCAAAGACAUCAAGAUUGAAGAGCGCAAGGGAGAUGAGUUGACGCAAAUAACCGGCGCCAUCGUCAACGCUGACGGUACCGUUGAUACAUCACGGACAGCCCGCGUGGCUACGGCCGACCAGCGCGUCGGCGUUUGGAAUCCGGCCUUUGACGUGACUCCUGCCAGUCUCAUCGAUGCAAUUGUCACGGAAAGGGGCGUUGCGGAGUCGGACCAGGACAAGAUUGACCUCCGCAGGGUUAUGCAGAAGGAGUGGGAGAAGAUUGUGGGACCAGUAGAUCUAUAG